ACUAGUGAUAAGUUCAAGUUCUUCACGGGCAUAUCUGUGGAUGAUUUUGAGGCACUGUUUAAUUUGACUGGGGGUGACGAUGUCAUCAGAAAUCUUAAAAUGAAAUAUGCUGAAAAUACACCCAAGAAAGCAAUUGCAACCUGUAUGUCAGGUAGAGACAGACUGUUUAUGCUCCUACUUCGCCUUAGAAGAGGUCUCCCUGGGGAAGAACUUAAAUUCUGCUUCGGCAUUAACUCAACAUAUGUAUAUGAAAUCUGCUAUGUAAUGACACGCCUUGUUUACCAGACAUUUAAGUCAAUGGAGAAGUUUAUGUUUGUGUCUGCUGCGGAUCAGAAACCUGGUCAGCCAAAAGUCAUGCGUCCCUUCAAAAAUCUACGAGUCAUCCUUGAUGGGAUGUCCAUAUUCGUACGGACUCUUUCAAAUUUUGAGCAACAAGGAAAUACUUAUUCUCGUUACAAGGCUGAUAAAGUUCCCCGGUAUGCUGUUGGUAUUUCCUCCCAUGGAGCCACAAUCUUUUGCAGUGAAGGGUUUGAGGGCAACAUGUCUGACAAAGAGUCAAUAAUACAGAGUGGACUCUUAGAUAUGUUAGAAGAAGGGGAUGGGGUAAUGACUGAUAGAGGAUAUGAACUGACUGCAGAGUUGCAGGCCAAAAAGUGUCACUUUUACAAGCCACCUUCUCUGGGCAACCGUAAGGCCUUCACACCAGAGGAAGAAAUUCUUACCAAAGCUAUUGCUUCUGCCAGAAUUUAUUGCGAACAUGCUAUCGCUGAUAUCAAGGACUGGAGAAUACUGCAGGGAACUGUGCCUCUCAAUAUGAUUCCAGUAGUGUCAAGCAUAGUGUAG